GGACGCUCUUGUCGUGGUUCCCCCCGUGGUCGUCGAUCGUGUCACACAGGCUGCGCUUGAUUGUGCGAGAGUAGUGCCAAGUAGUUCGGGGAAAGAGGACGCCAUGGGGCUCGCGAGGGCAGCUGUCAUCGCCGCCUGUCUCCUCCUCUUCCUGGCGACCGACGCUUCGGGGAGUAAAUGUUCAGUCGGUUGCCGUGGAUUGCACGGAGGCAAGGCCUACAAAGAGGGACACACGUACGUUUACGAUUUAGAGGGCACGUCCGUGACAUCGGUGCCCGAAGCUCAGAAUGAGGCUACCUUAAAACUGAAAGGUACCGUUGAAUUGUCCGUGAAACCUGACUGCAUCCGGCAGAUCCGAUUGAAGGACGUACAGAUCAAUGGAGCUCCGAUAUCGCAACCAGAUGUGGAACAGUACGCGUUGCAGUUCAACUACCAUGACGGCCACAUCGAUACAGAAGUGUGCGCGGAAGAGGGUGACUCGCAGGCAUCCCUCAAUAUCAAGAGAGCGAUGGCCUCCUUAUUCCAGACAGCCGUCUUCCAGGACUUCGGCUCCACGAGCCAUCAUGAGGUCGACGUGUUCGGUGGCUGUCCGACCGACUUCACCUUCCGGAAGGACGGUGACUCGCUGACCGUACGCAAGGAGAGGAACCUGGCGCGCUGCAGCCAUCGCGAACACAUUCUGUAUGGUCCCGUCUCCGUGAUGUACGACCAUUCCGACAUCCUGUCUUCGCCGUUGCUGUCGUCGGAACAGAGUAUCGAGCAGCGCUUGAAGCACGGCGUCCUGAACAAAGUCAGCUCCGUCGAGACAUACGAACUGAAGCCGUUCAGCAACGGCGACGCCGGCGCGAAGACGGUCGUGCGUACGACGCUGACGCUGAAGAGCGAGAAGGGCGACAGUCCGAAGGCCGAGGUCAGCCAGCCGAAGUCUCUGAUUUUCGAAGCGCCACAUCCCGUUAUCAAGUCGUCGGUCGACAGCAUCGCCACGGCGUUGAAGGCCGCCAGCGUAGAGGAGAUCGGCACGGUGCAGCAACACGCGGCGGAGAAGUUCGCGGAACUCGUCCGGGUGCUCGGUUACAGCAACAAGAACGACAUCCUCGCGGUCUAUCAGAAGGUGAGGGCCGGCGCCGGCUUCGACAAGGUUACGGACAAGAAGAUCCUGCUGGACGCUCUCUUCCGCACCGGGAGCGGUGAGGCCGCCGAGGCGGUCGUCGAGCUGAUGAAGGGCCACGAGCUCAGCGGCCAGCAGACCCUCCUAUUCUACGCGAGCCUCGCGCUCGUCCGUCACGUUCACCUGCCGUCGGUGACUGUGGUGACGAGCCUGUUGGACCAGCCGGACCUGCCGCGGCUCGGUUACCUCGGGGUCGGCCAGGUGAUCGGCAAGUAUUGCCAGGAGCACUCGUGCGAGAACGUGGCCGAGGUGAAGCAAGCGAUCCACAAGAUCCGCGAGAAGAUCGGUAACGGCAAGGCAAAGACCCGUGAGCAAGAGGAUCUCGUAGUCUCGGCCUUGAAGGCGCUGGGCAACACCAAGUACCUCGACGACUCCACCCUUGUGAAGUUGGCCGGCAUCGCCGAGGACAAAAACGUGCGCAACCGCGUCCGGGUGGCGGCGAUCGAGACUCUGCCCGCACGAUGCAGCAUGAAGUCGAAGAACAUACUCAUCAAGGUUAUGGCUGAUCGGGACGAGGACAGCGAGAUCAGGAUCAAGUCUUACCUCUCUUUGAUCGCGUGUCCCUGCCAGCACUUCGCCAGUGCUCUCAAGGACAUGCUGGACAAGGAGGAGGUGAACCAGGUCGGCUCCUUCAUUCAGAGCCACCUGCGCAACCUGCGAGCCUCCACCGACCCGACCAAGGCCGACGCGAAGCACCACGUCGGCAAGAUCAAGCCGCGCACCAAAUUCCCGGAGGACUUCCGCAAGUACUCCUUCAACAACGAACUGUCGUACCACAUGGGCGGCCUCGGGGUCGGCUCCGCCGUCGAGAGUAACGUAAUCUACAGUCAGAACAGCUACGUGCCGCGUUCGGUCAACCUGAAUCUGACCGCCGAGCUGUUCGGGCGAUCCUUCAAUUUCCUGGAAAUGAACACGCGCAUGGAGAACCUCGACCGAAUGAUCGAGCACUACUUCGGCCCGAAGGGCCACCUCACGCAGGGCGACGUUGACGAUAUGGUGGAGAAGGGCGUACACGACGCGGUGAACAUCGGGGAAUACAUCGAAGAGAAGAUGAAGAAGCUUCGCGGCAAGCGCGAAGUCAAGCAAGGCGAGCUCGACAGAUUCGCGAAGGGCGUGAAACUGAGGAACAACGAAGUGGACCAACAGCUCGACAUCGACCUAUCCAUCAAGUUGUUCGGCGUCGAAAUGUAUUACCUGACUCACAGCUCGGAAGGAGACCACGCGAAGGAGGCCACGCCGAAGCAGCUGAUCGACAAGAUAUUCGACAGCCUCGACGUGGGAAUGAACAAGCUAAAGAAAUUCGACCACCACUUGAAGAGCCACAUGCAACUCUUGGACUUGGAGCUGAUCUAUCCGACCAACCUCGGCGCGCCGUUCAUGCUCAAUGUGAUCAGCAGCGGCGUGAUGCUUGCGAAAAUCUACGGCAAGAUAGACGCUCGGGCGAUCAUGGAGAACCCGCAGAACGCGGAGCUGUACUUCGGUUUUGACCCCAGCAUCUCCGUGCAGGUGACCGGCAGCAUGCUCGUCAAGGCGUUCGACGCGGAGUCCGGUAUGAAGGUGGUCUUUACGUUGCACAGCAAUACGGCGAAUGAUUUCAAAAUUAAGAUGUUGGACGGCAAAGGCAUCGAUUUCUCCAUCGGAACACCCAUGCAGAAUGAGAAGACGUUAUUCGUGAGCAGCGAGGUUCUCAUGAGCUCCGGGCAGAAGAACAACGCGUACGAGGCCGCCAAGUUCGGCACCAAGGGCAAGAUCUACGACGACUGCUUCGACCAGAUCACCCCUCUCACAGGUAUAUCUCUUUGCGGCCACGUGGAAUUCCCGUAUGACGGCGUCGAGGCGAUGAAGAAGCGGGCCCUCUUCCCGUUGAACGGCCACUCGAAAUUCAGGGUGAAUUUCCACAAUCAGGACAACCGUUAUUACCGUCUGAAGAUCUUCUACGACAACAAGUCGGAAAAAACUCGGACCUUCGAACUUAUAGCAGAGACGCCCGGCAGCAAGACUCAAAGACGGAUAUCCUUGACCGCCGAGGCCGGUCUCGAGCCCGACAAGUACGUUAGAGUGAACUUGGAUUCUUCCUUCAAGAAGGCGUCCGCCGAGGCGGUGCUGAAGAACACCGCCGAGGAGCACACGUUCACGAUCAAGGUGAACCAUGACCAGCAGGAGUAUUACGGGCGCGCCGGUCUCUUAGCCAACGGUGCCAAGUACAAGCCCGUGUUGGAGUACAAAGUGCCGGAGCACAUCGAGAAAUUGUCCGGCGGUAAGAUCCCCCAUGGUAAGCAGCACUACAACGUCGACGGCAUUGUGGAGCUGGUGGAGCAAGAUGGCGGCAGGAAGUACGUGUUCGACAAGGUCGUCCUGAUGAUGGAAGGCCGCAAGAUCGUCGGCGUGGACGGCUACAUCAUGUCUGCCCAUAAAGCCGUCGCUAUGGAUAUGAAUCUUGGCUACGGCGACGAGUCGCUCGCCCUGAAGAUGGACCUUAAGAAACUGGGGGCCGAGCACUAUUCGCUCUGCCUGUCGGCGGUACCGUCGAGGAAUCCCAACAUCGGCUUCGACCUCGACUUGGAGUAUCGCAACAGCGAAUACGAGUUCGAAAACAAGCUGGUGUUUGUUCACGGGCCUGAUCUCAAGUCCGAGGUGAAUCGCUUCACCAUGAAGCAAGAGAUUAUCGCCAAGCCGAAACAGUCGGACGGGAAUUUCUUGUUCAGCGCUUCCAGCAAGAUUUCAUACCCGGCUUUGAAGCUGGUGUUCGACAUGGACGGUAAGCUCACGGCCAAGUCGAUCGAGGGCGACAUCGACAUGUCCUACAACAAGUUCAAGUUCGGCACGGAGCUGUCGAUGAAACGGAAUAUGGCGAAGAAGGGCGACUACGAGGUCGAAUUCGAAGCCGAGUUGCUGCAGAACAGCAUGAAGCUGCAGACGAAGCGUACGGUAAUCGAUCCGCACAAAAACCGGUACAAGCACUCGGUCGAGCUGAAGCCGGGCGGCAAAUACGAGUCCGACAUGGUCAUCACGUGCCACAACGACAAGAACAAAAUGGACGUAGAAGUGGACGGUAAUAUGAAUCUGAACGGCAAGAAAGUCAAGACCGUCGGCGCGUUGAAGGCCGAGUCGGGGAGUAUCGACUGUCACGCGAUCAUCGCCAUGAACGACGUCAAGUACGUCAACUUCCUGCUGAAAUCGCACAAGAGCCCGAACCCGCACAGCAAAUUGGUAUUGAACUUGAAGAACUACCUGAACGUCGACGGCGAGAUGUUGAUGCAAGGCGACAAGGGUAACGCGCAUCUCACGAUCGAUUUACCGAAGACGAACCGCAAGAUCAAAGGUAUCGGCGAUCUGGUCGUGGCCGGCACGCUGCACACCGCCAGUGUGCAGCUUCUGCUCGACGCGGAGAGAGAUCCUAGCAAGGUAAUCAAACUGACCACCGUGACCGACCUGAAGAAGAACACCAUCGACUCGAAAAACAUGCUCGAUUUGUUGGGUCAUAAAAUCGAGGUGAACGGCAAGGGCAAGCUCGAGGGGACGUUGAAUGAGGGCGAACUGAUCGCCGACGUGGAUGUCACUCUGCCGAAUGGUCGUUACCUGGUCUACAAGGUCAAGCGUACCUCCAGCAAGAAGGAGAAAGAGGACAAUUACGAUAUUCACGUAGACGCCUUGAUAGAGGACCAUAAAACUAAAGGCGGCGAGUCGAUAAAAGUCACAUACGUCGCUAACGUACACGAGAUGGACUUCAAAACGUACGCUCACACCGGCGACGCUAAACUGCAGAUCACCGACUAUGAUGGCAACAGCAAGAAACUGGAGAUUCAAUCCAAAAAUCUUCCCGGCAUCAACGGUUACAAAGAUUUGUUCGAAAUCAAAUUGACGGGAAUAAUAGGACCGCAACCAUUGAAUCUGGAAUACAAGGGCAGCGAACUCGACAGCGGCGAGGAGUCGGAGCAUUUCGCCGCCUCCUUCGGCAAGUUCCAGUUGAAGAGUACCGCAAACUACAUACCCGGCGAUGAAAAUGACAAGCCCUACGCAGGAAACGGCAAUGUAGAGUUGCUACUGCCGUCCGAGAAGUUGCGUAAUCUCAAACUAGACUAUAAAGUCAGCUAUCUGGACCAGCCUAAGAAGAAUCAUGAAGAUUUGCAAUAUGAAAUCAAUCUUAUUUACAACGAUGACAAGUCCAUCAAGUUGGAGAGUUUCUCCAAGUCUACUGGAACAACGGAUACCGAUCAACCUCAUAGUGGAGAUUACAAAGUAGCUCUGACGCUCCACAACAAUCCGCCUAUAGUCUUCCAUGAUACUUUCAACUACAUGUCCGAAGGCGAUAAAAUAAAGAUAACUCGCAAAACGACCGGCAUUGUCGACGGCAAGGAGACGACUAUCAUCAUCGAUAAUCUCACCUAUAAUAACGACCUCUCAUCUAUCCAUCUAAGCGGCAAGGCCGUCACUCCCUAUGAACACAUGAACAAUGUUGAUUUCUCGAUAAACCAUGAGAGUUCGCAGGACGGACUCACAACGAAAACCGAAGGGGCCGUUACCGCCGACAAUGACAAAUAUACAACCAAGUGUGAGAUUCAGAGAAGCAACAUAUCUCCGAAGAUUCAUAUCAUAUUUACCUCCCCGAAUGGCAAGACCGAACUUCUAUCGAAAUACGAGAAACUGGGCGACCACGAAUAUACAGGUGAACUGAAGAUCGAUACACCGAAAGGCUUUGCCGUUGCGGACACGCACCUCAAAUUGGACAACAUUGACAAUUUCAUAAUCAACACCAACUUCGACAGCGACAAGUUAAAGCACCGCAAGAUUCACGCCGAGAUCGCCAACAAUCCCACCGCCAAAGCCGGCAGAAGAAUUGUCAUCACAGUCACCAGCGACGGCAAGAACAUCGUGACCGGAAGCACGAGUUACAAGCGACGCGACGAGGCCGGCAAGAUCAUCGUCGAAGGCAACGGCAACUUGAAAAUCGGCGAGAACAUGAGGAGCUCCUCUUUCAAAUAUAGCCGCCAGCAAUUGACCCGCGAGAAGGACGGCGAGUCCGGCGUAGUGAUCGUUUUGAAUGCCAAGUUUGACCCGGUCGCGAUCGUCAGCGACCUAAAGUUCUCGAACAGGGAGGUCCUCAUUUCUAACAGCUACUGCGAGCAGAGCAAAGACUGCGCUCACUUUAAGCUCCAAUCGACCUACGACACUGACAACAAGGAAUACUUGAAGCACCAACUGACGGUGGAAGUCGACCUGAAGAAGUUCAACGUGCCGGUCGAAUUCGGACUGAAGACGAGUACAGAAAACAAGGAAAACUCGUUCGAUCACUCCGCUAACUUGUACCUGCACUCAUCGAAGGAUAAAUCUGAGUACACCUACCACGUGUACAUUCAUCCUAAGGAAAGCGGUGCCGUUUUGACAUUGCCUACUCGCGAAUUGGCCGUUAUCGGCACAUACGAUAUCCCGAAAACGAAGCAGGGCGAAGCGUUCAAGAUCGAUCUCAAUCUAUACCUGGAUAGGAAAAACAAACCGAACGAAAAGACUGGAUUCGCCGUGUAUGGUGACUCCAACAUCGACAAGGAUAGCGUGUCUAUCAACGGAGAAAUUAAAUUUAUAUAUCCAACGCAAACGAAGGAUAUGGUGGUGAAGGGUAGACUGUACUGCAGCUCCGGCGAGCAUUUGCUGGACGCGAACAUGGAUAUCGAUCUAUUCAAUAAGAAGACGCAGAAAAUCACUUUGGUGGCGAAGGUGAACCAGCAGAUUAUUGACUCGGGCUACAACAUCACUAGCGUGAUCGACAUCACCAGCCGUGGACAGCAUCUCAAGAUCGAUCUCAAGUCGCAUGCAGCACUCACGAAAAACGCAGUCAGUUUCGGCAGCUUCUUGUCGUACCUGGAUCGACAUCAAAAACCGAAGAACGCGGGCAUCCUGUUUACCGGGGAUUCCUCGGAGAUGUAUUUCCUCGUGACCGCACUGAACAAGGAGAUCAUCCGAGCCGAUGCGAAGAUGCAGUUACAGAAGAACCUGCAGAAGAUCGACGCCGAGGUCGCGGUAAUCGGCAGCAAGCCUGUCGUGAUGAACUUCGAAGCGCACGAUUUCAACAAUUUCAAAUUUUCGGAGUACCAACAGGAUAAUCCUAAUACGAAGUUAACCGCUGACGGACGUUUUGUGAUUGGACAAAUGGCUGAGAUUCAUGCCGAUUCUUUCAAAGACGGCGCGAAGAAGCAUCUGUUCCGCGCUAUGAUCCAUCUCGACGAAGGGAAGUUCCUAAAACCUGACUUCACUUACGAUAAGGAUAACAUAAUCUACGUAAUCGAACAAAAUCGACACCAAAACGCCGAGAUGAUGAAGCAGCUGAAGGGAAUCGGCGACGAAAUUGAAAAUGAAAUACAAGAGGAAUUGAAGGAUUUGGUCAAACAUUUGGACAGUGCUAAACCGAACACGAAGCAGCUUCAAGAUUAUUACCAGACCGAAUUGAUCAAACUGAAUAACGAGAUUCACGCUGACCAAACCUUCAAGGAUAUCCAGGCCUCUUUUGGCAAACGCUUCAAAGCCAUCAUCGCCGCCAUAACGGACACCUUCACAAAAACAGUCGCACGAUAUGGAGAACUGUCGAAGCAAUUUCGCGAAAUAGCUUCCAAGCUGCGAGACGCGGUGGAGACUGUUCUGCCGCAGUUAAAGAAAUUGUACAAUGAGGCGGUGGACACGUCUACCCAGAUCCUCGAUGCUAUCGUCAGUGUCGCGAUGGCUUACCUUAAAGCAGCACUCAAUUUGAUUGACGAACAUCAGAAGGAACUGAAGGAAUUAGCCGUGAUGGUGUCCGAGCUUGUGCAGGAUAUCGCCAAGGUUAUAUAUAAAGCUGCUACUCAGAUCAAGAAGGAUGUCGACGAGUUCGUCGAGUUGCUGGUCGAUCAGGUGAAAGCGUUGCCAGUUUACGAGAUCGUCAAGGAGAAGUACAACGAGAUCCUCAAGUUCCAAAUCCCGGAAAGUAUAAUGGCCCCCAUCGAAGAAUUCUUCAACGUCAUAAAGAAUACGCUGCCGACCGAUGAACUUCGACAUUUCGUCGAUACUCUUCAGCAGUAUCUCAUGAAGCACGCCAAGCAAGAGAAGGUCGAUGACAUUCACGAAAUCAAGAAGAUCUACACCCUCGGGGUCGACGCGAUUCAAUCUCUCGCCACUCUUUUGGGGUCGGAGGAAAACAUGGAUAAUCUGUUCGACUUACUGAUAGCUGGACUCAUCGAUAUCGACUCAUUGACGAACUUGCCGGCAAUUACCACGCUGAAAGUGUCUUUCUUCGAACUGUUAAAUAACAGGGAACUUCCAACGCUUGCGGAUCUAUAUUAUACCUACAGACCUACUUUAAUCCCGAUGGACAUCGUACCGCCCUUCACUAAGAUCGGACUCGUCGUCGACGGUGGGCAUUUCUUCACUUUCGACGGCAAAUCCUUCAGCAUGCCCGGCGACUGCAGCUAUAUCCUCGCACAAGACAUGCUGGACGGCAAUUUCUCCAUCAUCGCGAACUUCAACAAAGGCAGUCUGAUUAGCAUGACCGUUACGGAGCCUAAAGAGAGCAUCACGCUGAAGAACAAUGGGGACGUUCUGAUAAAUAAUAAGCCGGCUGAAUUCCCGGCCAAAACGAAGAAUUUGCACGCAUCCCUCCUCCCGUCGUAUCACAGCGCGAGCAUCGAGUCCGAUUACGGAGUGGUUGUUAUGUGCACUCACAAAACGACGAUGAUCUGUGCAAUCGAGGUGUCCGGCUUUUAUAAUGGAAGAAUACGCGGUCUUUUCGGCGACGGUAACAACGAACACCACGAUGAUUACACUUUACCGUCCGGAAAGAUCACCGAGAGUGAGACGGAAUUCGCCAACGGAUACAAACUGAAGCCUGACUGCCCGGCUGUGAACGCGAUCGAUCACAAGCAGCGUAACCCAAUCUGCACCGAGUACUUCUCCGGCCAAAAGUCUUCGCUGAAACGUUGCUUCAAUUACGUCAAUCCGAGUGCUUACCGAGAUGCCUGCGACAAAGCAGCCAGCACGAAUCCACAGGCUCCUUGCCAAAUCGCAGUCGCUUACAACGGUGCUUGCGAGUAUUCGCGCGUCUCCGGGAUCAAUAUUCCAUCCGCCUGCGUGACCUGCAAGGUUGGUGAGCACACGAUCAAUGUUGAUGACAGCUUCAGUGUGAAGGCUCCGAAGGAUCAAGCUGACAUUAUGCUGGUAAUUGAGCAAGACGUGCGGAACGAAAAAAUCUUCAAGGAUCUGGUUCCAGCAUUGAUCACUGAUUUGAAGGAGGAACUGAAACAUCAUGGCAUAACCGAUGUCCACAUUGGCUUGAUGGGUUACGGUGAGAAGAUGGACACGCCGCAAUUUUACACCGUCGGCGGCAACCUCAAUAUCGAGGGCGACGUGAAGAACAUAAAAUUCGAGAAGUCGGAUCCCAUCCUUAGUCUUGAGGAAGCGAAGGAGGGAGACAUCGAGAAGAAACUGGAGUACAUCGGCCAAAAGUUGGACAUGGAAUUCGGCACCUUCAAGUUAACCGACGCCUACUUGGAAGGCGUCCGCUAUCCGUACAGACCUGGCGCAGUCAGGGCGGUCGUCGGGAUCAUCGUUACUCCGUGCGAGAAGAGUCCGUUUCCGUUAUCAUUGCAAUCCCUGAGAAUUUUGCAAGGACUGAAGGCGUAUCGGGAUCGGGGUCUGACCUAUCAUCACAUCUACCAGCCUGGUGACAUUCAAGUUUCCGGUAAAACGCAAAAGAAUAUCGUCGCUUAUGAUCAUGAUAGCGCGUACGUGUUAGCUGACAACAAGAGGAAGCCUCUCAGCGGAAACAGCGAGCUCAGACACAAUUUGGUGCUUCCAGCCGUCGACGUGUGCGCCGACUUUGCCAUCACGUCUGGUGGGGCGGCAUACAUUUCCACGAAUUUACUAGACGCAAAACCGAAUCAGAAGAAACAGUUCGCUCAGGUUACCGCAAGAAGGAUCGUCGAGAGUCUCACGGAUGUUGAGUUGGAACAGGAUUGCGUGUGCCAGCACGCUUGCAGUCUUUCUGGAAUUCCUCGAUGUAAAAUCGUGGGCCGUAGGGAGAAGGAACACCUCGCGAAACACACGAAAGGAGGCGUGAAGGGAUAAGGGAACUUCAGUACUGCGUAUACUAUUAUUACUAAGAAACUUAGAUGUAAUGUAUUUGUUACUUCGUCAAAAUAUCAUGAAAAUGGAUAGUGGUAAUAAACGAUACAAUCGUUUGUAGCACGCUAA